ACACACCAAACAAGCUGCAGCUCAACAAUCAUGGCCACUGGCUACAGAAACAUCCCCACGGUGGACGGUACAUAUGACGAAGACGAAGAGCGCCUCACUGCCCUUCCAUCUUCCACCGAACCAUUAAUCGGAGACGAUGGUGACAACGGGAGGAAGGGUCCCGGGGAUGGUGAGAGGGUGGGACUCUGGAUCUGGUUGCUCACCGUGAGUGCCGGUAUCAGCGGGCUCUUAUUUGGAUGUGAGUUGUAUUUUGUCUUUGUUUCUCCGAAGCUUUUGGUUCUGUUGAGUUUCCAUGGAGUUGUUUUCUAACCGGCUUCAAUAGAUGAUACCGCAUCUAUUUCCGCCGCACUUCUACACCUCGCACCGUCAUUAUCUACCCCCGAACAUUCAGUUACAACGUGGGAUAAGUCGCUCAUUACCUCGUCAACCUCUCUCGGAGCUCUGAUCGGCGGAUUAUUCGCCGGUUUGCUGGCGGAUUAUAUGGGGCGUAAAGGCGUCAUCUACGUCGCCGACGCGCUAUUCAUUGCGGGAGCCGUUUGGCAAGCUCUCUCAACUAGUGUCGCUGCAAUGAUCGUUGCUAGGACUGUUGUUGGAUUAGGCGUUGGCGUGGGAAGCUUGAUUGUCCCGCUUUACAUCUCGGAAUUAUCACCUCCAUCGCACCGUGGGAGACUGGUCAUUAUAAACGUGUUGUUCAUCACAUUCGGACAGCUGAUUGCCUACGCGUUGGGGAUUAUCCUAUCACCACCCACGCUUUCUCAGGACGCUAGUUGGAGGUAUAUGCUCGGGCUUGGGGGGCUGCCAGCAGGUUUACAGGUCGUUGUAAUGAUAUUCAUGCCCGAGACACCCCGCUGGCUGCUACAACACUCACGGCGCAAUGAAGCCGCGAAGGUGAUCGCGAAAGCCUACGGAAAUCUCACGGCUCGAGAGGUGGACCAAGUGAUCACAGGAAUAGAAGCCGGAGUAUCGGCGGAUACCUCUGACACACUUACCGAGAAGUUCAAACUUCUCUUCAGCGUCGGCGGUAACCGUCGCGCCCUGACCAUUAGCUGUCUGUUACAAGGCCUUCAGCAAGCCUGCGGUUUCAACUCGCUAAUGUACUUUUCCGCAACUAUAUUUUCCAUGAUCGGAUUCAAGAAUCCGACCGCGACAGCCAUGGUGGUUGCAGGCACAAAUAUGGCCGCCACGGCAAUAGCCUUCAAUCUCAUCGACCGUCUUGGCCGCCGUCGCAUCCUUUUAUUAUCGAUCCCGGGAAUGGCCAUUGGUCUCCUCCUUUGCGCUCUUGCAUUCUCCCACCUCCCUGUGCUAACUCCCGUCACCGCCACCACCCCAAACACCGCAUCUAUAACGAACCUCUGGCCACCCAUCCUGAUUAUCUUCAUGGCAUUCUACGUCGCUUCGUACGCGCUAGGCAUCGGUGCGAUCCCAUGGGUCGUUCAAUCCGAGUUCUUCCCCAUGCGGGUACGCGGCCUCGGCACGGGUAUGGCUACAGCGACGAACUGGAUACUAAACUUUAUGGUCGGCGCGAGUUUCUUGCCUGCGGUGGAGUUGAUGUAUGGUGGCGCAGCCGGUCUAUUCGUGCUUUAUGCCCUAGUGUGCGUGACUGGGACUGUGGCGGUGUGGUGGGUCUACCCGGAGACAAAGGGUCUUAGAAUGGAGGAAAUUGAGGAGGUGUUGAGGGAGGGGUGGGGGGGUGUUGGAAAGAGAGUUGACUAAGAAUAUAUAUUAAGGCGUGGCGUUUUCAGCUUAGGAUCGUGCAUUGUCGGGCGCUUUGGGUUGGGAUUUCCUCUUUUUAUUAUUAUUUGUUUUUGCUCAAGGUAGGGUUCUAGAUCGUGUGAAGGAGGGAAGCGGAUUGGUUUAUUCAUGUAGGUCCAGACCAUGAUGUGUUUUUUUUUUCUUCCCCCAGUGCUACUGUAUGUCAUCGAGAGUGAGUGGGUAGUGAAUAGCAAUUAUGAUAUCAUACUCAGUUGAUUAUCCUCCGACACUUCAGUCCGGGUAUUUCUUUUUUUUUCCCUUUCAUUUUAACUCUCAUCUGUAAUUAUUUUCGGCCAGAGAUGAAUGAUAUCUCAGCGAUGCCCGUCAUUUACGCAGACACGAGAUCCGUCCAUCCUCUUCCAAUUUGGCAGGGGGAAAGACACCCAUUUCCCCGCCGGGUAUUCCCACCGCCGCCGUGUUCUUCUCUCUCUUCCGGGAAAAAUAUAUAUAAUUGAACACUUUCUGUCUUCCAAUCCUAAUCGUGAGUAAAGUCGGGUGUGCUUCUCAUGGUCUUAAAUCCCCAGCGUUGUAAAUUUCGAUCGGUGCUGUAGAGGACAUAUUCUGGUGUACUUAUCCGUAUGGAUUUGGUAGUUGUUUUUUUUUUUGAUUCACGGAGGGGGAUAUUUAAUCAUUUAUUAUUUAUUUAUUUAUUUAUUUGGGUAAUCCAAUCCUCGGUAACACUCCGGCAUAGAGAUGUACUAGUACAGUAGGUGGUAGAGGGUUUGGGAUUAUUAUACGUUUAUCGCACCUUCCCGGUGGACAAAUGAUAUUAUAGUAGCUUUUGGUGUUUGGUGCUAUGUUCGUCGUCCCCCGUUUGUCCUUUUUUUCCCUCCCGUGCGCUGUGUCGUAGCGGUCAAUCUCUCACUUUCCUGGUCAGGGAUUAUAUUGGGAACGGUGGUCAUGGUCCUGGUCACCUGCUUCUCUGGUAUCCACACCGAAUGAAUGAUGGUGCGAGGCCUUCUGGACUAUGAGUUUAAUCCUCUUUCUUGGUAGGGGAUGGAUUAUUGGUAGUUGCUAGGAAUUUCCCUGUAGGAUAGUGUAUAUAUUCCUACAUGACCAUCGCAAUGGACGAUCAUGUAUCAUGUCUUCUGCCGUACGAAUGUCCAAGCUUUCUUGCAUCUUUUACCGCAAAUUAUUCCACCAAAUGCGUAGCGAAAGGGGCGUCUCACUUUACCAAGAGAGAGUCUAUGUGUCUCCUAACUCGCCGGCUCGGCUGAGAUUUUGAAAGAAAAAAGUGUUGGAUUUUUUUUAUUGUCCCCCCUGGGGGAUUUUGCGCAGGGAGGAGGUUGCUCUUCGGGGCGACUGCAGCUGGUCAUAUGGAGCUGGAUUUGGGGUGGCCUCUGCUCGGGUGUGGCGUUGUCUAAUACUUGCAGCUGUUGGGCUGCGACCCUGCUUGAUUUUGGGAUAUUCUUGAGGAUGUGGUGAGAGUUCGUUACGAUCUCUUCUAUCGGACCAGGGAUAAUUUUCGGGCCAGCACCCAGACGCUCCCUUGGCCAAGCAUUUUAUUUUUGACCGCAUUCAGCUGAAGAGAUGAUUGGCGGUAUUCAAGUGUAGCACAAUGAGUUGUACGGUACUUCACCCCUCUCCACACCCCCAAUCACAGAGCCCGAAACGACGUGCUCGCUGAAACGAAACUCGACCGACACGGCUCUUCUUGUUUCUUCUAUUGCUCGCCCCGAGAAUCAAGCCCCCGAUCCAGAGUAGAGACCGGUGCUCCCAUCGCUUGAACAUGAGUAACAGUCAGAAAAUCCCCGCGGACGAUAAUCCCUCGGGAGCUCCCAGUGAACGCCUUCUAAGAUCUGGGGCUGUGGGGAAACACUCGGGUGAGCAGGGUGGAGGAGUAUGGGAUCCACUCGGGCGGAAACACCUUGACCCAAACCUUGCAGACGAGAGAAUACGCACCCCGCUCUUCUGGGCCGUCAUGAAUGGCCUCGCAGAAGUCGUGGAGCUCCUCCUGAAGCGGCCGUCUGUCAACCCAAAUCUAGCCGACUGGCAUGGACGGACACCCUUAUCGCUAGCCGCCUCAAGCGGCAAUGGGAAGAUCGUGAGACUACUCCUAGAUCGGGAGGAUAUCCGCCCCGAUGCCGCAAACGCUUUCGGCCGAACGCCGCUUUCCUUCGCCGCGCAACACGGGCAUAUCGAGUUAGUAGAGUUAUUUCUGGCCCGGAAGGACGUGAGCCCAGACACCCCAAACCGCGCGGGGCGGACACCGCUCUCAUUUGCCGCAGCGGAGGGUCACAAGGACAUGGCAAGGCUGCUUCUGGGCAGGGAAGGAGUCAAAGCGGACGCUUGCAGUGCAGAAUCUCGGUCACCGCUCCUGUUCGCUUGCUCCGGAGGCCACGAUGAAGUUGUGGAAUUACUUCUGGAGAGGGAUGAUGUGGACCUGAACCGCGCUGACGACUACUGGGCCAACACGCCAAUUGGCUGGGCGGCUUCCACUGGGAAUAAAAGGAUAGUUGAAAUGUUGCUGCAGCGGGAAGAGGUCGAUCCGAAUCCCCGGAAUCGCGAUGGGGACACUCCGCUCAUGUGUGCCGUCAAUAUGGGGCAUGAGGCUGUAGUGGAGCUCUUGCUGAGCUGCGAACGUGUCGAUCCGAAUCUGUCCUCUCCCCAUGGCCAAACGGCACUUUCCUACGCGGUGGGUAGGGGCCGUGAGAGAAUGGAGGCGAUGUUGUUGGAUAGAGCGGGCAUUAAUCCUUGUGUGCGAGAGAGAGAUGGUUGACCUCCAAGCCCUCGGGCGGUGACCAGUGGAGUGGGAGAUAGCGGAAUUGAUUUGAUAGUCGAUUCAAAUUUAUGGGUCGUGGGGCUCCUUGGUCCGGAACGUUCAUACUAGGGCUCUUUUGUGGUUCGAUGUUUCUGUGUAUUCGUUGCCGGUGUUAUUUGUUUUGCUGUAUCUUAGCUCUUCGGGCCCAACUUACAGUCUCGUUUAUUCAG